AUGGCGACCGUUAUCACCAUCCAACCUUCCUCCACGGCGGGCUCCACAACCCCCGGCGCGUAUUCUUCACAGGCUCACCAUUCCCCCUCUGACUCUCUCCGUCGCCGUCCGCACCCGUCUGCCUCCGCGACCCCUAACACGCUAUCUCCCUCGCCGGUGCACGGCGCACCAAGUCUAGGUCGGGUAUCAGGCCGGGAUGGAGCUAGCUGCGACGCUUGCCUCGGAAGAAAAAGUCGUUGUGCCAUGAACGACAUCACCAACAAGUGCUACUCGUGUGAUUUCCACCGGCAGGACUGUACAUUUACCCUGUCAGCUGGUCCUGUAGAAGCCAACACGAAGAAGAGAAAACUCCCGGACACGGCGCGGGACCAUGGAGAGAUUACAAAAAGACUUUCCACCGUUCAGCCCGUUCAGCCUGCUCCCGAAAGCGAAGCGGCGCAUCCCGCCCAACCACCCUCGAUGAUUCGCUCCGGCUUCUUCAAUCAAACCACCCAGCACAUUGGGAUGACCACGGAGCUGGAGCCGACGCUGUUGGAAUACCUUCCACUCGACGAAUAUGAUGAAUGCACCGUGUCCGCCUCGCGCAUCCGUCGGUGUGCGGAUGACUGCACCUUUAUGCGUGUGGUCAACACGGUACCCAUUGGCGACUCGCAGGCCGUGUCGCUGGAUGCCAUUGAGAGCCUGGUCGCUCCCUAUGGCUCCACCCUGGUGGAGAAAUUCUUCGAACAUGUCCACCCGUCAUUUCCCAUUCUGAUGGAGGAUGCCUUUCGUCAAUCCUAUCGGGAGCGAAGGCAUUUGUCUCCUCUCCUGCUCGCCGCAGUCUACGUGUUGACUCUCAAGUUUGUGGACGUGGGCACUGGAUCGCAGACGGCAAGAAGGCCUGACGCUCAGCGGUUGGAGAGCACUGCCCUGAAGCUGUUGAUUGACUCCCUUCCGUACCCCAGCAUCUCCACAAUCCAGGCCGGUCUGCUGUUGACCCAGAAAUCGACCCUUGCGACAGCCUCCCUGAACGGUCAACUGGUCACUGCCGGCUUUGAGCUCGGACUGCACCAGGACUGCACGACGUGGCGUAUGAAGACAUGGGAAAAGGGUCUGCGAAAGCGUUUGGCCUGGGCACUCUACAUGCAGGAUAAAUGGUCCUCACUCGUCCACGGCCGGCCCUCUCAGAUCUUCGCAUUCAACUGGACUGUCAAGGAUCUGGUGGAGCAGGACUUCUCAGAUGCCUUUGCAUCCGGAACGAACUCAGUCCAUGACGAUGGGGAUGUGGGCCAUGGACCUCUCUUGUUCUGUCACAUGGUGGCCCUCACCACCAUCCUGUCCGAUAUCCUGGACCGAUUUUAUACCUUGCAGGCGAUCGAGGAUUUUCGCGCUGCAGGAAAUCAGCGCACUCGGAUCAUUUUGGACAAGGCCAAACCCGCACAGAUUCGACUAAAAGAGUGGUUCUCAUCCUUACCUGCGGCACUGAAGAUGGAAUCCUCCACUGGCGAAAUUGUGGAAACCAUUACGGAUGAACAUGCCCGGAACGGCGCUUUACACUUGGCCUACUUUGCAACGGAAAUCACACUACACCGCUGCAUCGUGCGUUCUCUGGCCGGUGAUGGUGCGGACCCCUAUCUGGCCCACAUCUGCCGUUCGGCAGCCAAGACGCGCCUGAUCUCCGCCAUGGACUUUGUGAACCGAUUACGACCGGCUCACUUGCGUUCCUUCUGGCCCGCCUCUGCGCGCACCAAUUUCUCAUUGAUCGGGUCGUUCGGGAUGUUGCUGCGUAUCACCGCCCCGACCAACGAAGAGGCUGAGUUCUACCGCAUCCGCCUGUGUGAAUAUCGCUGGACCCUCAGUGUUUCCCACAAGAAUGCUGAAUUCAUGGGCUUCGCGUUGGAAAGUCUCGAUCAUGCCACCAUGCUGGACAAGCAUGUCCCCGCCAAACCGAGUAUCGAAGAACUGAUGGCGAGUUCAGCCAAGCAGCCCUCGCGACCCACCAUGGGCUCGGGUGGCUACGACGAUGCUCUCGGCGAGGUCGACAUGCACGGUGGAACGGGCGCAAGCUCCUCGGUCAUCUCUGGCCUUGCCUCUCCGGCGACAAGUGUCAGUGAUAUUGACGGCGACGAGAUGCCAAUGUAG